CUGCUGGGCCGCUGAAACCAGCGGCCAUCGCCGAGGGGGUAUCCAGCUGCUGCCCUCGGGCCAGGUCGCUGUCGCCGCACGGCACCCCAGAGCCGUCCCCCCAGCACCACCAAGACCGUCCUCCCUCGGAUGGCCUGGAUCCAAGGACCGCUCGGGGCCGGGGCCGCAUUGGACUGUGACCUCGACUCUGGCUUUGCCCCGGCCUCGACUCUGGCUUUGAGCUUGGAUUCCAGCAGCCGCGCGCUUCUUGGGUCGCCUCGGUCUGCUCCGAUCUCUCCUCCGUCUGCAGAGCCGUCGGACGACCCAAAAGCCGCAUCGGCCAAGCAUCCAUCCUCUUUCGCUGGUCUCCGGCCUCCCUCUGUCCACCCCCACGCGAUCGUCUCUGGCCCGAUCCUUCGGGUGCUCACCUUCAUGAUUUAUGUUCAAUCGACAGUCACCCUCACGAGAACCCCGGCCCCUCCCGAGGCUGAACCAACCCGGAGGCCGCCGUGCUCCUGCAGAAGCGGUGCAUUCCUCGUCUCCGCCACGUUCACUACCAAAAUCGACGGCAAAGCCCCUUCGACAUCCCGGGCCGGUAACCCUUCCGCUGCAGUCUUCGACCAGAGCCCCCACUUUGAUAUCUGUCCGGGACCACGAUGAUCUCCGGAUCAAAAGCCAGCAGCUACAGUCCCUGCUAACGGACUCCGAAGCCAUGAUCCAGAAGCAGCGAGACGAGAUCCGGGUGCUCAAGCAGGUCUUGUGCGAGACACUCUUUGGCGAGCGUCAUUCCGAAACCCAGGCUGCGUCGAUCAUGGACAGGGACUUUAGCAUCUAUGCCGAAGGCGGCCAUGCACUCUCGGAGCUUUCUGCUGCAUUGCCGCCCAGAGAAAAGUCUUGGAUCCUGUCUCAUGAGCCCAUCGAUCCCUCGUCCUCGUAUCAGCUGGACCGCAUCCGGGCUGAGCGAGACGACCUUCGCUUCAAGUACCAAAGCGCCUUGAACGACGCACAAAAAUACUCAGAGCUAGUCGAGGGCCUCAAGAGCGAGCUCGAGAACACCUACAUCGACAAUAUGGCGCUCAACGCUCGCAUCGAGCGGCUGCAGUGCACCCAGCCCAUCGCCGACCAUCUCCACCACAAUGCUGUCCCGGGCCCGCACUGCGCUCCUCGGUUGUCUGGGGAAAAGAGGCAAUCCGGGGGUUGGGACAACUCGCUCGCCCUGUCGCCCUGCUCGAGCAGCCAUGGCCCCUCACUUGGGGACUAUGUUGAAUUGAAGCACCGAUGCGAGCAGCUCGAGAGGGAGCGCGAUAGCCUCGAGGAAGAGCUCAUUUUGCGAUACAGCCAGCUCCGAGAAAACGAAAAGCUCUAUCGAUCCGAGUUGAUGCGGAUCCUGGCCACGGUGGGCCAAGCGCAUCUGCGGGAGCUGGAGUGACGGAAAGUGGGGAAGGUCUAUUGAUCUACAACGCCACUGCCGAGGACGGCGGGGCCUCCUUCGAUGCUAGACAGGCACCGGCAAUAACCUCUGUCCGACUUCCACGGCCAUCACGGGUGAUGGUCGGUCAUUCUAUACAUUCUAUACAUUCGCGAUCCAUGAAUUGCGAAAUCUCUAUCACACAAUGGUGCUGCUCAUUUGUGAAUGCGACUCAGAUGCGCAACGCCCUCCCUCUUCCUCACGUAUGGAUAUGGUGCACCAAGCUGCUCGAUGGCGUCGCUCUGGAGCCGAGGAAAGCAGCCAAUAUAGAGUGUAUGAUCAGCUAGCGGA